AAAAAAUAAAAAGAGAUUAGGUUGAAACUAAUAACAAACAUCCAGCAAUGGCCAAACUCAUUUCUCGUAGCACCAUCCAUACUUUUUCCCCGCCAAAUUUAGCCCUCUUCCUUUUCUCCCUCCCUCCCAUAUACUCUUUCUCUCUUCAAUCUCAUCUCCUCAAGACCCCCAUUCACCAUUUCCGUGUCCCUCCACAACUCUAAAAAGAAAAAGAACCCAAAAAAAAAAAAACCAAACCACAACCUCUAUCUCUUGUCUCCCUCCAUGUUUGUUUGAUCGGUGCAUGUCUCCCGCUUAAUCUGAAAUGUGUCGCUAACAAGGACAACGUUGGAGACACAUCUCACCGAUCUGGGUUCGCACAAACAAGAAAUGGAGGUGCAGCGGAUGAGGCAAUUGAUGUUGUUGUGGUCUAGAAUUCAAACUACACGUGUGGCCCUCGUGGGUGGAAACCACACCGCCGCCAGGUUUUGCACUCGCUAACUUCUUCGCCUCUCUCCCGCUCCGUCUCAUCUCCUACUAGCUAGCUAGCUACCUCUCUGCCACCAUCACCAUAUAAUUCUAUUGAGAAAUUGCGAAAAAUGGGGGAUAAGAAAUACAUGUAUUUGAUAAUCAGGCUCCCAAAUUCCAGGGUUUUGAUUCUUCUCACUCGCGCCAUGCUUUUGGGAUUGCUUGUUGUUUCCUUCCCUUGGAUUGGGUCGAUCGUUGGAGGAUCCUCAACCUCUUCACCACCCAUUAAUCCUAAUCGGGCUAUGAUCAAUCUCGAAAUUUUGCCAUUGCUCUUCCGUGAUUUGACGAAUGAAGGCCUCCUGAAAAUUGGGGAGAAAGAGAAAGUUAUUUUCAUUAGCAAUGGAAACGAGGAGGCAAUUCACAGGUCGUCUCAGAUAAUUCUAAAAGAAAUUGAAAUUGAAAUGGAUUUCAUCUCUGUCACGGAUUUGGAGAAACAGAGCUCGAUUCCGAGCGAAACUUUCGAUUUUGCCAUGGCAUCUAACUUCCCUGCCGCCGUGGAUUUCAUCGACCGAACUCUCAAGAUCGGCGGAAUUGUCGUAGUUGAGCUCAGCGAAAACCCAUUCGCUGCAUUCCACAAGCCAUCCAAUUACAAAAUCGUUUACCUGAGGAGAUUCGGCUCCGCCGUCAUGGCGAUGAAGAAAACCGGCCCUGUUGAAAGAAGGGUAUCUGGGUAUGCUCCGGAGGCGAAGAAGGCGGCGCUUGAGAAUCUGGAAGACGUGCUGCUGGAACCGCCGAGGGCCGGUUCAGGGAAAUCCAGCCGGUAUUUGAAACGAACCAGGUACCUUCCUGAUUUGAUGGGCGACUCGCUCGAGAGCUACCCUCGCCGGGUGUUCAUAGACGUCGGCUUGCCAGAGAAGGAGGGCGGCAGCGGGACCGGCUGGUUCGCCAAGCAUUACCCAACAAGGAACAAGGACUUCGAGAUGUACAAGAUUGAGACCGUGACGGACGGCAAGGAGGUGCCGCAAAUCGGCAUGUCGGAUUGGUUGAGGAGGAACGUGAAAGACGAGGAGUACGUGGUUAUGAAGGCGGAGACGGAAGUGGUGGAGGAGAUGGUGAAGAGCAAGGCGAUUGGGUUGGUGGACGAGCUUUUCUUGGAGUGCAAGCCACAGGGGCACGGUGGAAGAAAGAAGGGGAAUAAUAAUAACUAUGGGGGGCGAAGGGCUUACUGGGAGUGCUUGGCUCUGUACGGACGGCUGAGGGAUGAAGGUGUUGCAGUGCACCAGUGGUGGGGUUGACAGAACAAAGAAUUCUCAAAGAUUGAGAGAGAGAGAGGUAUAUAUAUAUAUACACACAUUGCGUUGUGUGUUUGAAUAAUUGGUUUGAUUUGGGGUUUUGAUUCUAUUGAGUGUGCUGAUUCAUCAUGAAGAAGUGUUUGGGUAAAUAUUGAAGAGAUGCUGACACUGCAUGCAGAAGGAUGUUCCAAGAGUUAGCAUUUGUUAUUAGAGAAAAUUUGGUUGAUCCAUUUCUUUCUUCCCUAUUUCGUAUUUCCUUAUAUUUGCUAC